AUGUAUGUAGUUAAAUGGCCGUUGCGCGUGACAGUGGAGUCGCGGACCGCGGUUCGUCAGGGCGAUGAGCCAAGCGUAUGGUUGCAACACAGCACGACAGGUCCCGCCUUUGUUGCACAACCUGGUGCAUUUUCGCUCUUGUUCAUCGUACACUCCGCCCAGAGGAUAUGCGCGACCGAGGUGCAUAGCCAAAACCACACAACCCCUCGUUCUUUUCAACGCGGCAAGGCCAUUUGGCACCAUGGGGCGCAAUCGGGCUGCCUCGACUGCGUCGAACAAGAGCACAUGUAUGAUUACCUUGCGAAAAUUGUGCUGCUAGGUCCGAGCGGAGCUGGAAAAUCGUGUCUGCUACACCGAUUCGUAAAGAAUGAAUGGCGCGUCCUCUCCUCACAAACCAUCGGCGUCGAGUUCUCCUCCAAAAUCGUCCACAUCGCCGACCGCAAAGCCCACGCCUCUGCCCGCAAGCGCAUCAAACUCCAACUCUGGGACACGGCCGGCACCGAACGCUUCCGCUCGGUAUCGCGAUCCUACUACCGCGGCGCGGCCGGUGCCAUUCUCGUCUACGAUGUGAGCAGCUGGCGGAGUUUUGAGCAACUACAGACGUUUUUGAAUGAUGCGCGCGCACUGGCGGGACCAGACAUCACCAUUAUACUGGCGGGCAACAAAGCCGACGUGGAAGACGGGCCGCCACCGCCGUCGAGCGUCGGGGGUCAUGGGGCAUUGGGAAGUUACAGCAGCACGCCCUCUAGUGAAAGCGGGUUCUCCCCACCAACGCCCGGUUCGCAGUCCUCGCAUGCGCCAUCACUGAACGGAAAUUUACAUGCGUCGUACACGGUUGCGCCUGAUGGACGCGAGGUAGCCACCGACACGGCUUCACGUUGGGCAGGUGAGAAUGGGAUACCAGUGGCGGUCGAAGUGUCUGCGCUGAAUGGCGAAAAUGUAGAGGAGCUAUUUACAAGACUGGCACGCAUGAUACUCACAAAGAUUGAAUUGGGCGAAAUCGACCCCGACGAUCCGGCAAGUGGAAUCCAAUAUGGCGAUCUGGGCUGGGACGAUGGCGGCGGGAGCAUCAAGAGUGGGUUUGGGGAUGAGGGUCUACGGUCGAGGAGGAGAGGAAAGAAAGCUGGAGCUUUGGGCGAAUGGGAGGGCGUGUUCAGGAUCGGGGGGAACCGGCGAAGAGGGGGUUGUUGCUGA